CGGGGACUGUGUCCCGGGCGCCUCGCGCUUUCGGUGCUGCCGGCCCCCGGGGAGGGAGAGCGCCAAGUCCGCUCGCGAGCCGCUGCGGCUUUUUGUGCCGCUCGGGGCCCCGUAGCCCCGGGGUGUGAUGGGAGAGACCAUGUCGAAGCGGUUGAAAUCGGAGCUGGAGAUGGAGGAGCGCUGCUUCUGCAACCCGUACCCGGACAGCAGAGGCAACGGCGCCGCCAGCAGCAGCAGCACCGCCGCCGGGGCCGAGCAGCAGGAGGAGGCGGCAGACUGCUUCGACCCGCAGGGCAAGAUCAAUCCGGCCUUCAUAAAGCGGAUUAAACAUAAAAUCAAGGACCUUCUGAUACAGAUGGAAGAGGGUCUGAAGACUGCAGACCCUCAUGACUGUUGUGCUUAUACCGGUUGGACAGGGAUUGCCCUUCUUUAUCUGCAGUGUUUCCGUGUAACACAGGAGACAGUACAUCUUCAGCGAUCUUUGUAUUAUGUAAAGAGGACUCUACGUAAUCUAAAUGGCCGAAGAGUCACGUUUCUGUGUGGUGAUGCAGGACCCUUAGCUGUUGGUGCUGUUGUCCAUCACAAGCUGAAGAAUGAAAUUGAAUCACAGGAGUGUGUCACAAAAUUGUUACAACUGCAGAGAACUGUUGUUUGUAUGGAAUCCGAUAUCCCAGAUGAGCUACUGUAUGGCCGGGCUGGAUAUUUAUAUGCUUUACUAUAUGUGAAUGCAGAGAUUUGUCAAGAUACUGUUCCUUUUUCUAUUAUUCAGGAGGUGGUUAAUGCCAUUAUCGAAUCUGGCAAAAAUCUUUCCAAGGAAGAACGCAAAACUGAACGCUGUCCUCUUCUCUACCAGUGGCACAAAAAACAGUAUGUUGGAGCAGCUCAUGGUUUAGCAGGGAUCUACUAUAUGCUAAUGCAGCCAGGCUCAAAGUUGGACCAAGAGACUUUGACGGAACUCGUAAAACCCAGUGUGGACUAUGUGCGACAUAAAAAGUUCAGGUCUGGAAAUUAUCCAUCAUCGUUAAGCAAUGAAACUGACAGAUUGGUUCAUUGGUGCCAUGGUGCUCCUGGUGUUAUACACAUGUUAUUACAGUCUUACAAGACUUUUAAAGAAGAAAAGUACUUGAAGGAUGCAAUGGAGUGUAGUGAUGUUAUCUGGCAGCGAGGGCUCCUGCGGAAGGGCUACGGAAUCUGCCAUGGAACUGCAGGAAAUGGAUACUCUUUCCUCUCUCUAUAUAAGUUAACUCGAGACAAAAAGUUUCUCUACAGAGCCUGCAAGUUUGCUGAAUGGUGCUUGGAUUAUGGAACACAUGGAUGUCGUAUCCCUGACAGACCAUAUUCCUUGUUUGAAGGGAUGGCUGGAGCUAUUCACUUCUUGUGUGACAUGCUGAAUCCAGAGGCAUCUCGAUUUCCAGCAUUGGAACUCUGAAGUACGACAAUGUUAUGCUAAAGGAAGAUUGAAGGAUUUUGUAUCUAAUUUAGGAGGACUUCUUUUCUGUGGAGAGCAGGACGUCUUAGUGCCUCCUUUAUGAAUACACAGGCCAAAACUACCACUAGCUCAAGAACCAAGACAUUAGAGGCAACAUAUGAGCCAAAGCUCUGGAUAACUUUUGUCUUAAAAUUAGUGUGGCAUUUCAGUUUAAAGGAAAUUAAAAAUUUCAGUUUAAUACAAGUCCUUACUUCAGGGUUUGAUUGUAUGCACGCUUAAAAAUCUGGUGUCAGUGGCUGUUUUUGUUUGUAUGGAAUCCAUCUUGUUUGCAAAGGUUUCAUUAUAGUGGUUGUCCUUUUAUGCAUGUGAUGAAGCUCAUAACUGGUGAUCAUUGAUCUCCUGGUACCAGUUUAUUUUUGAUUUGUUCUUGGAUGUACCUAUAAAACUAGGCUCAUAAAAUUGUUCAAUUAGCCAGGGUUGUUGGUCAUAUUGCAAACUUGCAAAAAGAAACCUUGGCAUCAAGAUUAGAUUGAACAUAGUUUGUCUUUGCUAAAUCUAUUAAUUGAUUUAUGUUGAAGAAAAAUAAUCCUACUUAAUAGCUUUGUGUAAUAGGUAAAGGUGAAUUCUCAUCCAAGAGUAACUUUUAUCUCUCAUUCAUUUUCUCUGCCUCAUUCUUUCUCUCUUGCUCCCUUUCUUCUGUUAAAUUACAGUAGGUGUUCCAUGAUUAUCUGUUGGUUCAAAACUUAUUUAGUGUUGGUGGAAAAGAGCAAAUGUUGCUGAAAUAUGAUAAUGCAAAACUAGCUGAGGAAGGAUUUUCCUUGGAUGAGAACUAUGCUUUCUGUACUACCAGAAUCGCAAGCUUUUCUUUGUGAAAUAAGUAUUCUAAACUAAGCUUGUUUUGCUGAGAAGGAAAAUAACAUACUGAAAUUUAUUUAUGUCAAUGAAUUGAUAUUGAAGAAGAGUUUGUUUUUCCUAAUAUAAAAUAUAGCCAACCUUGGAAACAUCAGUGCCAAUUCUGUCCACUUGACUAGUUUCAUUUUAGCUAUUUCCUUCAGCAUAAAAUGCCAAAUGUAUAAUGUUAUGUGAAACAGAGGUUUAGCUUUUCAGUCUUUUUGAUGUGAUAUUUUCAGUCCAUUUUUAAAAAUGAUGACAUAUGAACUGACCAGCUCAGUCAUUGUUAUAGCUGUAUUGUAUGUUGAGUCAUUGCUAUUGUCUUUAUUGUAAACCAAAGCUGAGCCUUCCAUGAUAUUUCUGCUAUUUGCUGUCAUUUGAUUAUUUUUAUGGCAACGUUGAUUUUAUACGCAGGUUUUUGAGUAGCAUAAACAGCAAGCCCUUCUACUAUUCUAAUACUGCUUCAUUACAGUUGAUGUACUGUGAGAUACCCAAGAUGAAAGAUGGUAUUGGUUGACAAGAAUGUACAGUAUUCUGGCCACGAUCAUAACUGAAUUGUCUCCGUACAGACUGUCAACAUUCAUAUUUCCCUCAGUCCAUGCUUUUGUAAUGAGCAUAAGUAGAAGAGGCUGCACUUUUGAGACAGGUCAAUAUUUCAGAUGAGAGGUUUGUUUAACUGCUGACUGACUAGCUGUGUAUUCCAGUAUUUUCUGUUUUUUCACACAUUUCUCGUCUGUAUUCCAUGUAAACAUGUAAAAGUUGGUUCUUAUAUUUUUCAGACAAAGCAAUAAAAAGUAUAGAAAAAGUAA